AUCAGAGACAGGUUCGACACAGGCCUGUAGCCGUCAAAUCGAUUUUCCCAUGCGUGUGGAGAUUGACGUGAGUAGUUGCUAAUUGAUUAGCUUGCUUCGUGUUCUUGUACGUGCGCACUCUUUGCUCAGCGGCAGCUAGCUAGCUUCCAAGAGAGUCUUCGAUCGUGUGUUGCGAUCCCUCCUGUGAUCUGAACUCUGAACCAACAGCAGGAGCCACGGCCAACAUGUCCAGUAGUACCACCAUUAACGUGCCUUAUUGUGCGGUCUUCUUGGCCGCCGUCAGCAUCCUCCUACUCCGUCUUCUCCUCCCCAGGCUCAGGCCGCGCAAGCACGGCGGUGCCAUGAACCCGCCUCCGGGGCCAUGGCAGCUGCCGGUGAUCGGAAGCCUGCACCACCUCGUGGGAGCGCUCCCGCACCGCGCCAUGCGGGACCUGGCCCUCCGCCACGGCCCGCUGAUGCUGCUCCGCAUGGGGGAGCUCCCCGUCGUGGUGGCCUCGUCCGCCGCCGCGGCCAGGGAAGUGUUAAAGACCCACGACGCGGCGUUCGCCACGCGGCCUCGGACGGACACCUUCCACACCAUGACGCGGGACGGCCUCGGCAUCUUGUUCGCCCCUCACGGCGACCACUGGCGCAGAGUCCGCAAGCUCUGCGUGACCGAGCUGCUCAGCCCGCGCCGGGUCCGCUCCUUCCGCGGCUCCCGCGAGGCCGAGGCCGACAGCCUCGUCGCGUCCGUGGCAUCCGUGGCGUCGGCGUCUCAGGGGAAGGCGGUCAAUGUCAGCUACCUCGUGUCCACGUACGUGACCGACGCGGUCGUGCGCGCCGUGGUGGGCGGCCGGAUCGGAGACAGGGAGGCCUUGUUGGCGAGCCUGGACGAGGGCGCCAAGGUCGCCGCCGGGUUCAGCCUCCCGGACCUGUUCCCGUCGUCGCGCCUCGCGCGCGCGCUCAGCGGGACGGCGCGGCGGGUGGAGGACGUGGUCGGCGAGCUCAGCCGGAUCAUGGACGCGGUCAUCGAGGACAAACGUGCCAGGAGGUCCGGAGCCGGCGACGAGGAAGAAGACAUCCUGGACGUGCUGCUGAGGUUCCAGCACGCGGACGACGCGCCGCUCGACAUUGGAACCAUCCGGGCCGUCAUCAGGGAUCUGUUCGGGGCUGGGAGCGAGACCUCGGCGACGACGCUCCAAUGGGCGAUGUCGGAGCUGAUGCGGAACCCAGCGGCGCUCCGCAGGGCGCAGGCUGAGGUGCGCGGUGUCCUCGUGGGACUGGGGCAGAGCCGCGUCCGGGAGGAAGCCCUGCCAGAGCUGAGCUACUUGCAGCUGGUGAUCAAGGAGACGCUCCGGCUGCACGCGCCGGUGCCGUUGCUCAUCCCACGGGAGUGCCGCGAGCCUUGCCGUGUCAUGGGCUACGACGUGCCGCAAGGCGCCAUGGUGCUCGUCAAUGCGUGGGCCAUCGGGCGGGACGCCGCCAGCUGGGGGGCCGACGCUGAGGAGUUCAGGCCGGAGAGGUUCGAGGACGCGACGCCCGCCGUGGACUUCAGGGGUUCGGACUACGAGUUCCUGCCGUUCGGCGCGGGCCGGAGGAUGUGCCCCGGGAUGACCUUCGGCGUCAUUGUCACGGAGCUCGCCCUGGCGAGCCUCCUCUUUCACUUUGACUGGGAGCACCCCGGAGGUGCCGGUGGGCUGGAUAUGGAGGAGGCGCUCGGGAUCACGGCGAGGAGGAAGAACGACUUGUUGCUGCAUGCCACCGUUCAUGCGCCUUAUUAGUGCCUACCGCUCUAUAAUUGUUCCGUCGACAUUUGUGAACGUAUACGAGAUUCAUA